AUGUCGGAAAAGCCACGGCGGCCAAUUGGUCCUCCUCUUCGCCUGCCGGCUCCAUCUUACAUGCGGUUUAGCCCCUCGGCCUUGACUCACAUGAACAUGUCGUUGGGCCCAUAUCUGCUUGCUUGCUGUUGUCUAGACGUCGUCAACGUCGUGCGUUGCCCUCUCGGUCGGCCAGAGCCGACGGUUAGAAUUGUGACCCGCCUCCCUCAAGACGGCACCGAUCCGAUGCCUGCCAAUAAGAAAGAAGCGACUGUUGGCGCUGACAAGGCGCCAGCGUCCAACUCCACCGUCGAGCCACCCCCACAGAUUCUUCAUGAGCGAUAUCGCCUCGAGGAGAAGGUUGACGUCGGUGCAACUGCCAUUGUCUACAAGGCGACGGACAUGAAACGGAAUGCCGUGGUGGCUAUCAAAGCCAUCGCUUUGAGUCGUCGCCAUCAGCUGGACUACGCUGCUGAGGUCAAGAUCAUGAGCAAACUGCAAGGUCAUCCCUUUGUUGCACAGCUUCGAGAUCACUUCCACGAUAAGCACCGCCUGUAUUUGAUCAUGGAUUACAUGCCCAAUGGUUCCCUCUAUUCCCACGUCCGACCAGCCUCGGCAUCUGUUGUGACUUUUCGGGUGGCGCAUCGCUGGAUGAGUCAGUUGGUCAAGGCCGCGCAGGGCCUCGAGGCCUGCGGUAUGGUUCACGGUGAUAUCAAGCCGGACAAUUGUCUGAUUGACGAGAACAACAAUUUGGUGCUUCAUGAUUUUGGAACGGCUGUGGCGGUGGGACACAUUCAUCGUGGAGCCUCAAUUCCUGGCACUGACAUCUACUUGGCGCCCGAGGUCUUGCAGGGCGAGGCCUGCUCCACUGCGCAGGAUAUCUGGGCCAUUGCUCUGACGUGGUAUGCUGUUCUCUUUGCGGAUCUCCCUUGGGAUCGAGCAAGCCGUCGUGACUCUGAAUAUUCACGCUUCACCCUGACUCGUAAGCUGCCCGGCAAAGCGCAAAACAUCCAGCUGCUGAGCCCCAAGCUUCUUGAGCUUUUGGUUGCCAUGCUCAACCCACAUCCAACCCGGCGACCCACAUUGGCUCAUGUGGCGGCUUUUCUCAAGGCCAAGCACUCGUGGUUUGUGGACGCUUCCCGUGAGCCUUCACGGGCCGCCGACGAGAGCAAGCGGGCUCUGGAGCCUACAAAACACAACGAGGCUCGCUCACCAAGUUCUCCCAAACCCUCGCAGCGGCGCGAGUUGGCCCCGCCUUAUCCCACGCCCCAGGCCUUGCAAGCACCGGUGCAUCGAUCUAGCACCAUGCAAUCUCGAGCUCCAUCUCGGAGCGCGACAGCCGCUCGCGCUCCGCGCCGCGUCACCUCUUUGGCCACCGAUCAGAGGCGGGCGGAAACCAUGUAUCGUGCAAGCUCAUUGCCCAUGGCACCCACGGAGCCUCGGCCGAGUACCUCCGAAGGAGGCGGCAGGCCGCGAACAACCACCUUGAUCAGUACGCCAGUGGAGACGCCCGAGCCACAACUACAGACCUUGUCACUUUCCGCCGAUUCAACGACAUUCCGCCGUCUCUCCAUGCCGCGGCGUCGACCCCCGCUGGCCCGUGCCUUUGGUAGCACGGUCAGCCAUGAUGGCACACCCCCGAGUGCUGGCCAAGCUCGGGCAGCUACCAACCGCUCCCUGACUUCUAGGCACGGCGGGCGCCAUUCAUUGGAUGAGGCAGCCAUGAUGGGCAUUGCUCCAACAACGGGCGGUUCGCUGGCCAAGGUGGCGUACUUGUCGUCGCACCAGGCUCGGGCUACAUCCUUUACACCCUCUCAGCAAGUCAAGGCUGGCUCGCGAGAGGGGGCCGCGGCUGUGGUGGAGCAUGACGGCUUGGAUAUGCCCACGGCUGAGAAUGGCACGCGUGACACUUCGGCGAGUAAUAGCAGUCGUACCCCGCCCACACCGCGUGGCGAUGGGCAGGCUCAAGUCGUGACGCCCGCACUGCGGCGCAGCGAAUCGGGUGAGCCUGGCGAGCCAUAUCACGCCAGCACCCGUGAUGUGCAGCAGCCAUCGCUCGAGCUGUGCUACUUUGAAACUGGCAACAUCCAGGACUGCCUGACCUUUCUCAAGCAGCAGCUCGAAGCUGCUGGUCCAGCCAGUCGCGGGCAGGUCAUUCAUGCGACAGGCGGCGGUGCUUACAAAUACCUUGAUCAAAUACAAGCCAUGUUUGAUCUUCCCCUGCGCAAGCUGGGCGAGAUGGAAUGCCUGGUGCGCGGCGCCAACUUUCUGCUCGCCAACGUGGCAGACGAGGCCUUUAGCUAUCGCCACCAAGCUGUCCCACAGCGCGAGUUUGUGCGUAGCCCUUACGAGUUUCCCUACGUUUUGGUCAACAUCGGAAGUGGCGUCAGCAUUCUCAAGGUUGAUGGCCCCGACCAAUUUGAGCGCAUCGACGGCUCUGCUCUGGGCGGCGGUACUUUUUGGGGCUUGGCCUCCCUCUUGACCCGUGAAAGCAACUUUGAACAGCUUCUCAAGCUCGCCAACGAGGGCGAACCCGCACACGUAGAUAUGGUUGUCAAAGACAUUUAUGGCGUUGAUACACCCUCUUCUUUGGGCCUAGAUCCCGAUUUGACGGCCUCUUGCUUGGCCAAGGCUGCGCGCGCUGCCGACCAGGCUGAUUCAGAGGAGGCGCGCGCCGCGCUGCGACAGGAUCUUUCCGCAUCGGUCCUGCAGAUGAUCAGUUUCAACAUUGCUCAGAUUGCCUGCCUCAACGCUCGUUUGUAUGGCGUCAAGAACGUGUUUUUCGCGGGCUUUUUCAUCCGCUCUCAGCCCUUGGCCAUGUCUACCAUCACCCAGGCCGUGCAAUACUGGGGCAAAGGUCAGGUUCGAGCCCUCUUUCUCCGUCACGAAGGUUACCUCGGUAGCGUUGGCUGCUAUCUUGCCGGGGAUCCAAGCCUGCCUGCCGCAGUCCCGCCCUCUGCAGCUCCCAAAACGGUACCACCCCAGGACGCACCCAUCAACCGCGAACCAUUGGCACAUCGCAGAACCUAUUGGCUGGAUUGCUUCACCAAGAGCAUUGAUCGGGAGCGCGAGCGCGUUCUCAAUACGACACACAGUGCGACUAAAGCUGAUGCUUUCAAGGAGCAUUACCUGCAGCACAUGGCCAUUCUGCGAGAUGAUCCCAGUGCCUAUGGCGAACUCUCUGUUCGCGUCAUCCUCGAACUACGUCAACAGGUUGCCGAUGUGUAUGCAGACGUCAAGCAGCGCGAAAAUCGCGAGGCGCUGACCUUGCUUCCAGAGUGGCUGGCUGAACUGGACGCCGUUUCAAUGCAAGAGCAAGGGCGUCUUGUCUUAGAAGGUGCCGUGGCGGGUAACUGCUUUGAUUGGGGCGCCGUGGCGGUGGCCGAGCGUCUGGAUCGACAGGAGAUUCGCUUCAGCGAGGAACGUGCUCGCAUUCACAACGGCUCGUGGAGUGUGAAUGACGUGGAGCGUUGGUUGAAGCGCGCUGAGAAGCACCCUUAUCAAAAAGCGGUCCUUUUCGUGGAUAAUGCCGGUGCAGACGUCCUCCUUGGCAUGUUACCGCUGGCACGCCAUUUGCUGCUUCGUGGCACCAAGGUUAUCUUAUCUGCAAACACGCGAGCGGUGCUGAAUGACAUUACGGCGGAGGAGUUGCGCCUACUUUUGGAUCUGGUGGCGACGAAGGACGAGACCAUCCGCAAUGCCUGGUCUGACGGGCGACUCUGUGUCAUGGAAAAUGGUUCGGGAUCGCCCUGCAUUGAUUUGAGCCGGGUCCAUCGGGAGCUGGCCGAAGCCAGUCAAGACGCAGACCUGGUGGUGAUUGAGGGCAUGGGUCGGGCACUGCACACCAACUGGGACGCUCGCUUUCGUUGCGAUGUGCUGAAGCUCGCCAUGAUCAAGAAUGCUUGGUUGGCCAAGCGACUGAAUGCUAACAUGUACGACGUUGUUUGUCGGUUCGAUGAAGCGCCCACGCCCAGCGAAGGAGCCUGCUAA